ACGGCGGCAGAGGGCGCAGGCGGCUCUGCGAGCCCAGCCGCUCGACUGGGCGGUUCCGCUCGGACCCUGGCCCUGACCCCGGCCCCGCGAUGGCAGUGGCUCUGCGGGGCCCUCGCCCCUGAAGUCGGAGAAGAGAGCCCGCUGCCCAGCCACGCUCCUCGCGCCCCGCGUUGGGGUCGCCCCGAUCCGUCGGGUCCCCUAGCCGGGUCCCACCGAGGCGCAGGACGAUGAUGCUGGCGUCCGGGGUGCUGGCCAAGGGCGCCCGAGCCGGGUCUCCGCUCCGGCCCCUCCUGGGGCCCGCACUCUCCCGCCGGGCUCGCUCCACCUCAGCCACCGACACGCAUCAUGUGGAGAUGGCACGGGAACGCUCCAAGACAGUCACUUCCUUCUACAACCAGUCGGCCAUCGACGUGGCGGCCGAGAAGCCGUCUGUCCGCCUCACCCCCACCAUGAUGCUCUACUCUGGCCGCUCUCAAGAUGGCAGCCACCUUCUGAAAAGCGGCCGGUACUUGCAGCAGGAGCUGCCGGUGAGAAUAGCUCAUCGCAUCAAGGGCUUCCGCAGUCUCCCCUUCAUCAUUGGCUGCAACCCCACAAUACUGCACGUGCACGAGCUGUACAUCCGUGCCUUCCAGAAGCUGACAGACUUCCCUCCGAUUAAAGACCAGGCGGAAGACGCCCAGUACUGCCAGCUGGUACGACAGCUGCUGGACGACCACAAGGAUGUGGUGACCCUCCUAGCCGAGGGUUUGCGUGAGAGCCGCAAGCACAUAGAGGAUGAAAAGCUUGUCCGCUACUUCCUGGAUAAGACACUGACUUCAAGACUUGGGAUCCGCAUGCUGGCCACACAUCACUUGGCGCUGCACGAGGACAAGCCUGACUUUGUUGGCAUUAUCUGCACUCGCCUGUCACCAAAGAAGAUCAUUGAGAAGUGGGUGGACUUUGCCAGACGCCUGUGUGAGCACAAGUAUGGCAAUGCCCCCCGCGUCCGCAUCAAUGGGCACGUGGCGGCCCGCUUCCCCUUCAUCCCCAUGCCACUGGACUACAUCCUGCCGGAGCUGCUCAAGAACGCCAUGAGAGCCACAAUGGAGAGCCACCUAGACACUCCCUACAACGUCCCCGAUGUGGUUAUCACCAUCGCCAACAAUGAUGUGGAUCUGGUCAUCAGGAUUUCAGACCGAGGUGGAGGGAUCGCCCACAAAGAUCUGGAUCGGGUCAUGGACUACCACUUCACCACGGCCGAGGCCAGCACCCAGGACCCCCGGAUCAGCCCCCUCUUUGGCCACCUGGACAUGAACAGUGGCGGCCAGUCAGGCCCCAUGCAUGGCUUUGGCUUCGGGCUGCCCACCUCACGGGCCUACGCAGAGUACCUCGGUGGCUCCCUGCAGCUGCAGUCCCUGCAGGGCAUUGGGACUGAUGUCUACCUGCGGCUGCGCCACAUCGACGGCCGGGAAGAAAGCUUCCGGAUCUGACGUCCCAGGCUCAGCCUGCUCGCCUGCCCGGACUGGGCCAGGCAGGGCAGCGCUCUGCUCUGACACACCGCUGCAUCUUGGGUCCUUGGACCCCUGAUAAAUAGACUCCUGUAGAGCUGGGCACCACUCCUCUGCAAUAGGGGUUCCCUGCUUCCUCACCUCCGGGCCUUAGAGGAAGUGGAGACCCCACAUGACUCCAGCACCAGCUCCAACAUUGUUGUCCUCCAGGGAACCCCCACCCUGACCUGUCGUUUGUUAUUAAAGUGCACAUUUUGAAUGCC